UGUAUUAGUUUCUCUAACCAAACUCCUCAAGUCACCUUGGAUGCCCACUGGACCUCUUGUCUAUAUAUUUAAAUGUAAAGACAAGUUCAAUAUGCUAAUUUUCUCAUGAUCAUUUCCCCUAAGUCUGAAGUAGUGAAAAUGGAUUGAGCCAAUCAUGCACAUUUAUGCCAUAUGCUUUUUCUCUGGAUUUUGUCUCUGUCGGAUCAAGGGUUUUCGAAUACGAGUGGGUAGCAGAGAAGGUGGUGGAACAUAAAAAUUGCCGUCUGGGAUUCAGCAAGAAAGCAGUCCUCAGGAAAUUCGGCAGUAAUUUGAGGUAACGAAUGGAACCAGGAAGUAGAACACAGAUAGGAACGUGCUCGACAGAUCAUGUGUCAGUUGAAAUCAAACAAGAAGACGAGACGUAUCUGAUGUUGAAGAUAAAAGAACUAAUGGACACUGUUUCUGUCCCCCAUUGCAUCUGCAGAGUCCCACACACCAUUUCCAAAGACAACGAGAAGUUUUACUUCCCUCAACUUGUCUCAGUUGGUCCUCUCCACAAGUUAAUAGACACGGAGGAUAAAAAAUGGCGAUAUCUCUAUGCACUCCUCAAUCGGGAGCCAAAUGUAGAAGCAUGUUUGCACAGGUGUGUGAAGGCACUGAAAGAGUUGGAGCCAAAGGUACGAAAAUUCUACGGGGAGGAAAUCAAUCUCAACAGUGAUGAACUAGUAAAAACGAUGUUAGUCGACGGUUGCUUCAUAAUUGAGCUUCUCCUCAAGUACUCUAUCAAGGGUUUGAGACGUAGAGACGAUCCUUUCUUCAACGUGAAGGAUACGUUCUUCCUGUUGAGGAGUGACAUGAUAUUGCUUGAAAACCAAAUCCCUUUCUGUGUUCUACAACGUUUGUUUGGUCUUGUUCCGAUUCCCGAUCAAUGUACCAAGUCUCUCCCUGAGAUUGCAUUGGGUUUCUUUAAAAGGAUGAUUCCAGGAGAUUUACGAAGCCUUGAAGAAAAAUAUAGCCUAGACUGUAGCCAUUUACUUGACUUAAUCCACAACUGUUACCUCCCGACGUACCCUGCAGUGGAAUCACGGGUUGGGCAGAUAAAUCUGGAAUGCGCAACAAAAAUGCAGAAAUCGGGGAUUAGAUUCAAGUCGAAUGCCCCAACGAAAAGCUUAUUGGACGUAAAGUUUGUCAAUGGAGUACUCAAGAUCCCACCUUUGAACGUUCAUUACUAUACCCAGAUUUUGUUCAGAAACCUCAUUGCAUUGGAGCAUUGUCGUCGUGAUCACACAAAGUAUGUCACAUCUUACGUGUUUCUUCUGGCUAAAGUCAUCCAAUCUGAGAAAGACUUGAAAUUGCUUUCCAGGAAGAGAAUUCUCGCAAAUGGGCUGGAGAGAAAGCAAGAGAUUCUUGAUUUGUUCAAGAAGAUUCGUGUGGAGGUGGAGGCAAAAGAUGUUUACUACAAAGAAACUUAUGAAGAAGUGAACAGGUAUACAAGGACUAGUUGGUGGCAAUGGUGCUGGAAAAUGAAGGGGAGGUGCAAAAGGACUCCAUUGGCAGUUGCAGGGUUCAUUCUUGCCAUUCUGUUUGUUGCUUUCACUCUCACUGGAAGUUUGCUUUCAGUACUGUCCUCCUCAUCCCACCACUUUUAGGCAAGAUAAAUUUGUGUAUAGUUUGUU